AUGGCCUUUCAGUUUGUCAACUACGAGGGCCCCUCGCUCCCCGAAGACAAGGGCGUGCGUACGAUGAUCCGCCGCCAGGCCAUGCACGACGUGGCCAUCGACCGACGCACGCGCGGUAACUAUGGCAAGGCGAACCAGCGGCAGGUGCCCUUUUUUGUUGACGAGGGACGGGCGUCUCCGUCGGGGAAACAAGACAUUGAGGAAAUCACACCCACACACAAGCCCAAGCCAACACCAAAUGCCACUGCAACGGCCAAGCGGCCUCCACGACCGCGACCAUUUGCGCAGUGUGGACAGUCAGGACAGCCAGGACAACGUAGUAUGACCUUUCCGACGUUUUGUUACUCCGCCGACUCGUCCACGUCCACAACAUCCUAUGGCCUCCCCACGUCCAUCUCGUUCCCCGACAGUGCCGCGACCGAAAAGUUUACGCUCCUCUUGAAUCUCGUGCCGCUCACCGGCCUGCGCCUCGGCAUUGGCAAGUUGUCGUCCUUCCAGCUCGAUCUGGCCCGCGCCGGACCGACUCGCCGUGCGCAGUUGUCGCCCGCCUGCCCCCCCCUCAACCUCGGCAACCCCAAACUCGCCCACUACAUUACCAGCCACCACGGCCACGUCCCCGCCCUGCGCUAUGCCACCGACGCCGUGCUGGCCCAGCUGCGGCUAGUCGCGCUACGGGCCCAUGGCACGCCGAGCACGGCGCUGGCCCGGGAUGCCACGCUGGUCUUCUACCAAAAGGCACUGCGGGCCGUGCAGCUCGCGCUGGCGGACGAGCGGCAGCGUCUGACAGAGGAGACCCUGUGCGCGACGCAGUUGUUGGCUGUUUUCGAGCUCCUCGACGAAAACGUCCCGUCCUGGAUGCACCAUGCCGGUGGCGCUGCCCAGCUCAUCCGUCUCCGCGGCGUCCACCGCUUUCGUGCCUCCGAGCCCGGCACCGCGCUGUUCAUGGCGCACAUAGGCACGGUUGUCAUGGACGCCUUCUUGGGCAACAAGGCCUGCUUUCUCGCCGAGGACGCCUGGAUGGCCUUGCUGCGAUCCGCCAUCCUCGACGACCCGGCCCUGGCGCCCGUCCAGGACCUGUCGCUGGCCAUGUGGAGCCACAUUGUCACAGGGCCGGCCAAGUUCAAAACGGUCACCGACUUGGUCAUGGCGGCGCCCGCACCACGCGCGCCCGACCCGCGCGCGCGGGACGCCAUCAUUGCCCACCUCCUUGCGGACCGCGCCAGCCUCGUCGGGUGGAUGGACCGCGCCAUGCGCCAUCCGGCCAUAUGCGAGGACGAUUUCGAGGCCGACGACGUCUACGGCAUCGUGUUUCCGCGAUUGACGACGGGGACAAGGGGCAGCACAGGAGGGCGAAGAAACGCAGAUGACAAGGAUGCGCACUGCCGCCUGGACCGCGUCACGCAGCUUUCGCUCUGGGGCACCAACAUCGUGUGCCGCAUCCUCAAGUCGCGCCUGCUGGUCGCCAUGGCCCCCGCGCGCUUCCGGGCCCUCGAGGCUGAGUGCCAGUACCUGGCCGCCCGUGUGAUGCAGCUCGACGCAGGGGCUGCGGCCGCCGCCGCCAACAAGAGCACCGGCGUGGGCUCGGGCCUCGGGGAUGUGCUCAAAACAUCGUUUGUCUCGCAAAACACGUGGAUCGUCCGCGGCGUCCUGGAGACCAAGGACAUUUGGAGUCAAGACAGUGACGUCAGUGGUGAUGGCAAUGGUGAUUGCGCCGAGGACAAAAUGAUUGAAAAGUGGAAGUUUGAAGCCUGGUGUCGGGCCAUCGGCCGCACGUUGCCCCGUACGCCAAUAGAUACGAUUGCAUCCCUUUCAUGCUAG